AUGGCUCCCUCUGCCAUCGACGAGCCUGCCAUCAAGGCGCCCGAGCCGAAAACGUACCCUCCUGCCAAGAUCUUCCCCGUCAAGGAGACGCGCUUCGAGAACUACAUCGAGCCUCAGAGCGAUGGACGGAGGCGCGCGCUGCAAAAUCCCGGCAGUGCGGCCAUCGUCAUCGAUAAUGGAUCCUCCGCCGUGCGCGCCGGCUGGUCCUUCGAUUCGAAGCCGAGAUUCAGCAUCCCUCCCAUCAUGGCCAAGUAUCGCGAUCGAAAGCUGGGCAAGACGUUUUCCUUUGCUGGCUCCGACUGCUACGCCGACACGACCGCGCGAGGACACAUUCGAGGCGCCUUCGAGGCUGGCACCGGAAUCGUCAGCAACUGGGACGUUAUGGAGCAUGUGCUGGACUACAUCUUUCUCAAACUCGGAAUGAACGAGGCGGACGGCGGUAUUGAGGUUCCCAUCGUCAUGACAGAGGCCGUCGCAAACUUGCCAUACUCGAGGAAAUCCAUGACCGAAAUCAUCUUCGAGUGCUACGGCGCACCUUCAUUGGCAUACGGAAUCGAUUCUCUCUUCUCGUAUCGACACAACAAAGGCAAGACUGGUCUAGUGGUCUCAUCAUCAUACACCUCCACCCACGUAAUUCCAGUCUACAACUCCAAGGCCUUGCUUGGCCAGGCGACGCGGCUGAACUGGGGAGGCUAUCACAAUGCCGAAUAUCUUCUCAAACUCAUCCGACUAAAAUACCCGGCCUUUGCUGGCAAGCUGAACGUCUCACAAGCAGAGCACAUGCUUCGCGAUCACGGCUACGUCUCCCAGGAUUACGACAACGAGCUAAAGGGGUACCUGGAUUGGACAGGUCUAGAAGAUCGCGAUAUUGUCAUCCAAUAUCCUUACACAGAAGAGGUGAUUGUUCAGAAGAGCGAGGAGGAGCUGGCCCGGAUAGCGGAGCGCAAGAAGGAGAGUGGGCGGAGACUCCAAGAGCAGGCUGCCAAGAUGCGCCUGGAAAAGCUGAUGAAGAAGGAGCAAGAUUUGGAAUAUUACAAGGACCUCCAGAGGCGCAUCACGGACCAGACCAAGAAGGAGACCCGUCGCCUUCUCGACAGCAACGAUAUCAAGGAUGAGGCACACCUGGAGAAGAUCAUGAAGGAGUUGGAAAAGGCCAUCAAGAAGGCCCGGACCAAGGAUGUCGGUGGUGACCCUGAGGAGGAACAGGAGCAGCCCAACUUUGAUCUCCUCGACAUCCCCGACGACCAGCUCGACGAGGCUCAGAUCAAGCAGAAGCGCCAGCAGCGUCUGCUAAAGUCCAAUCACGAAGCUCGAGCUCGUGCCAAGGCUGAAAAGGAGGCCGAGAAGGCGCGCGUCGCCGAGGAGGAGCGUCUAGACCAGGAGCGACGCCAGAACGACCUCGAGAGCUGGCUCGACGAGAAGCGGCAGAGGCGCGCCGACACGCUCCAGAAGAUGAAGGAACGGGAGCGCCUUAAGCAGGAUCUUGGAAACCGCAAGUCCCUUGCGUCGCAGAUCCGCAUGAAGAGCAUCGCCAACCUGGCCUCCGACAACCCGACCAAGAAGCGACGGCGCGGAGGUGACGACGAUAACUUUGGCGCCAACGAUGAUGAUUGGGGUGUAUACCGUCAGAUCGCUGUGGGUGACAACAGCGAUGACGAGCAGGAGGAGGAGGACCUUCACUCGACCCUCAAGUCCCUCGAGCAGGACCUCCUCCGGUACGAUCCAGACUUUGACUAUGAGCACACCCAUGAGGCACAGUCCGACUGGUCCAAGUCUCUCCUCCACGCCUUCGCCCGCGGUCCCCGCCCCUUCGACCCUGCCUCUCAGGCCGAGCUCAACCAGAUCCACCUCAACGUCGAGCGCAUCCGUGUCCCCGAAGUCGUCUUCCGCCCUUCCAUCGCCGGUGUCGACCAAUCAGGCAUCGUCGAGAUCGCCGGCGACAUCCUCAACCAGCGUCUUGGCGGUGUGCCCAACCGUGACGACUUCCUCCGCGACGUUUUCCUCACUGGCGGCAACACCCUGUUCCGCAACUUUGAUGACCGCGUGCGCGAUGGUCUGCGCGCCCUCUUGCCCGCUGACGCCCCGCUGACUGUGCGUCGUGCUGAGGAUGCCCUGCUGGAUGCCUGGAAGGGCGCUGCUGGCUGGGCGGGAAGCUCGGCAUGGAAGACGGCCAAGAUCUCGAGGGAGGAGUAUCAAGAAAAGGGGGCGGAAUAUAUCAAGGAACACGACAUGGGCAACUCGUACGUGUAG